CCGCAGCCCCCUCCCCAGCCCAGCCAUUCCCCCACCCCACCCAGACGUCGGCAGCCCAGAUACCGAGCCGCAUCUCUCGCGCUCUCUCCGGAAAGCAGCCGCCGCCGCCGCAGCAUCGCAAACGCCAGCCGGGAUGAAGGCGCCUUUGGCCAUCCUCUUGGCCGCCUGCCUCUGCGUGGACGGCGUUUUCUCACUGGUCUGUUGGUCGUGCGACAAUGUCCAAUCGAAUUGGGACUGCUGGAGGUGGCAAAUCUGUUCCGAUAACGACAACUAUUGCGCCACCACAUAUACCGGUGCUGGGAUUGGUGGGUAUUCCACGCAGUCGAUCAGCAAGGGCUGUGUGCCGAUUUGCCCCAAAGGCGAGAUCAAUAUUGGCAUCGCGGCCGUGUCCGUCAACUGCUGUUCCUCGUUUUUGUGCAAUAUCAGCGGGGCCAACAGCAUCCGAAUCAACAACCUGUUGCUGGCCUUGGCUACACUUGUCAGUUUUUUCUAUCUCUUUGGAUCCAGGCUGUGAGGGAGACACGUCCCUCCGGCUGCAUCGAGCGGCCGAAUGAGGUCUAGAAAUUGUGAAAUCAUCAGAAUGCCAUUCGACUGUUCUGCUUUUUUAAUCUUGAUAUUUUACUAAGUUUAUGGAAAUAUUUUUUUGGGGGGUGGGGUGGGGUGGGUUGUGUUUUCUAGCAUCGCUUGGGGUUGUCGGGAGGUGGAGGCACAGCUAUAUAAAAAAGAGAAUCUUUGGGCCGUAAGUUCUCCAUUGAACUUUUUAAGAUGUGUGGACUUCCGGAAGUCCACGCAUCUUAACAUCAAUGAGAUCUAGAAACACUUCUCUAUGCUGCUGUGGCAAAGUUUGAAAUCAUUACAGAGGCCUUAAAAUGUUUUUGCUUGGGUGAGAAGAUAUGCAGCUUUGGACGAAGGUCUGUUAUGCAAAUGCAUCUUGUCUGUUACAUUCGCUCUGUUAACAUUUGAACUCCUGAAAAUAUAUUACAUUUUACAUGGAGCAGGGCCGUGGGCUUUUUGAAUGGAAUAAACAAUUUGAUUCGUAACAA